CUCUCUCUCUCUCGCUCCUCAUGCAUCUCUCUCUCCUCUCCGAUAAUGGCUGACCGAGCAAACCCUAGCCACAUCCAACAAAGACCCAUCUACGGCUCAACCACCGUCCCACGCAGCAACAAUAUCAACCAUCCAAUCGCAUCUCUCCUCCGUCAGCUACAACCACACGCUCCUAGUUACUCCGGCCAGCUCUUUGGCUUCCUCGCAUUCUUCAUCUCCGGUGGAAUCCUCCUCUUACUCACCGGAAUCACGGUCACAGCUUCCGUCCUCGGGUUCAUCGCUUUCCUUCCAAUCAUCAUCAUCUCAAGUCCUAUCUGGAUCCCUUUGUUUCUUCUUGUUACCGGAUUCUUGUCCCUAGCCGGAUUUGUAUUCGGUACCGCGGCUGUUGUGUCGUGGAUGUAUCGGUAUUACAAAGGCAUGCAUCCGAUUGGGUCGGAUCAGGUGGACUAUGCUCGGAGUCGAAUCUAUGACACGGCGGCUCAUGUCAAAGAUUAUGCCGGUGGGUACUUUCAUGGUAAGCUGAAAGAUGCAGCACCUGGUGCAUGAAAAGCUUCACCGGUACGGUUUGGUUAGUGUUAUGUAGAAAAUUACUCUUUUAGAAAAGAAUUCUGUUGUUGUUUUUCUCUGUCUCUUUUGGUAUGAUCAAUGAUGUAUAAUGAGAAUUCAUGUUUUGAAAUUUAGUUUGUGUUUGUAUGAAAUCAUUUCAUUGAAAUGUUACUUAUGAGAAAAUCAGGUACUUUAGUUUUUGU